AUGCCAUCCUCUGGAAGCGCUUAUGUUUCUCGUCGUCGUUGCUUUUUCUUCCGAGAACAAAGCAGACUGGUAGCGUCUCCCAAAAGUCCUGUCGGAUCUGCCUACGCCUUCAAUAAGCCCAAAAGCCAAGCCAUCAAGAUCUCGAACGCCUCCUUCAUCCUCCAGUUCGCGUCCGCUCGCUUUGUCAACAACUACUUCGCAGGGGAGCCUGGUGUACGAAAAGGACGUAAUACCGACAGACAGCUGAAGGACAUAGAGUCCGGCUCGCCAAACAACGUCGUGGACUUGAUGGAGGUUUUGCCGAACAUCGACGUCAGCGACAUCAUGGAAAUCCCGAACGUGUUUGAGUGCGACGACCAAACGCUGCCGUGCGACCACACCUCCAAGUUCCGCACCGCCACGGGCUGGUGCAACAACCUAAACUUUCCCUCCUUUGGAAAGUCCUUCAGGGCCAAGACCCGUCUCCUCAGACCCGCCUAUGAAGACGGUCUCUCCAAACCGCGCACGACCUCCAAGGUCGGCCGGUCGCUCCCGUCGCCCCGCCUCAUCUCCACCAAUAUGCACAAUGAUGUGUCGGCGCCGCAUGUUCGCUACACCCUGAUGGUUAUGCAGUGGGGGCAGUUCAUUGACCACGAUGUCAUUUUCACGCCAGUCAAUAAAGGAUUCCAGGACUCAAUCCUAGACUGUAGGAGGUGCGAUUCCCACCAGACAGUCCAUCCAGAGUGCUUCCCCAUUCCCAUCCCCGACAACGACCCGUUCUUCCCUCCCGUCAACAUAUCAUCCGGCCAGCCCUUCUGUAUCCCUCUCACCCGCUCUAUGCCGGGGCAGCUCACUCUCGGCUAUAGGGAACAGAUGAAUCAGGUGACAGCGUUCAUCGAUGCUUCUCACACGUAUGGAUCAGACAAGUGUGAACAGCGAACCCUCCGAUUAUUGAAGGACGGCUUGCUGAAGGCCACCACCAACCCGCUGCGAGGGAAGCCUCUGCUGCCAACCGAAUCGAACCACGAGUGCCAGGCGCCUUCUGGCAGGUGUUUUACUGGAGGUGAUACUCGUGCUUCGGAGCAGCCGGGACUUGCCGUCCUCCACACAUUGCUCUUGCGUGAGCACAACCGAGUGGCUGCGGAUCUGAAGAGCAUGAACCCUCACUGGAGCGAUGAACAGCUGUUCCAGAACGCGCGGCGCAUUGUGACGGCAAUCAACCAACAUAUUACGUAUAACGAAUGGCUUCCUCGAGUGUUGGGAUGGAACGCAAUCAACCUUUAUGGUUUGAACCUAAUUCCAGAAGGAUAUUUUGAAGGAUAUGACCCUUACUGCAACCCGACAGUCUUAAACGAGUUCGGCAUCGCUUUUCGCUUCGGCCACUCGCUCUUGAAACCGUCGCUGGAGCGCAUGGACGGCAUUUUUGCCAAGCGUGACCCGCCAAUCAAACUCAGCGACCACUUCUUCAAUCCCGACCUCUUAUACCAGCCCGGCAUGAUCGACGAAAUCAUUCGUGGCCUCACAACGGUGUCCAUGGAGACAUUGGAUCAGUUCCUCACCGACGAGGUCACGAACCAUCUGUUCGAGGACAGGAAGCUCCCGUUCUCUGGCCUCGACCUGGCAGCGCUCAAUAUCCAGCGCGGCCGCGACCACGGCCUGCAGCCCUACAACGAGUACCGCGCACUCUGCAACCUCACGAAAGCGAGGAAUUUCGACGACCUCCGACGCGAAAUCGCCGCACCUGUCAUCGAGAGACUGAAGCGCACCUACGCCCACGUGGACGAUGUCGACCUGUUUACUGGAGGCCUCGUGGAAACGCCCCUGCACGGAGGCCUCGUCGGACCCACCUUCGGCUGCAUCCUUGGCAUUCAGUUCCGCAACUUGCGCAUGUGCGAUCGCUUCUGGUACGAAAAUGCCGACCCUCUCGUGCGCUUCACCGACCCUCAGCUCACGGAGCUCCGGAAGGUGACUCUCGCAAAGGUCUUGUGCGACAACUGCGAUUCUGUGGAAUCUGAACAACGAUCAGCAUUCGACCUCCCCGACCCCUUCCUGAACCCCCGCGUCUCGUGCCGCGAUCUCCCCGGCGUCAACCUGGAGCUGUGGAAGGAGCGCGUGUCCUGCAGCGUCGGCACCACCAACAUCGACAUCGGAGCGGCCGAACGCAUCUCCCCGUGCGUGAUGUGCACGUGCACCAAGGAAGGGCCUGUGUGCCAGAGUUUGAAGAUCGACAACUGCUUCCACCUGGCGCAGUCCUACAGCCCCGAGGCCAUCCUGAACGACCACGUGUGCAAGGUCCAAUGCGCCUUCGCUUUCCGAGUUCCGAAGGUCGCAGCGCAAGACUCGAACCAGCUGGGCUUCGCCAACAGAUAAACAGGUCAAAUGCAACUCACAAGUGCCUGAUUAUCCAAAUGAUAUUCAAAACCACGAUAUCGGAUGAGGCUCUGAGUGAUCCCGAUGCUUGUCAAAUGCCAACUUUCGUUCUUUGUUACAAGGAGUCCGUCUUGGUUCUAGUAUUAUGUCGAUGAUUCAUCAGAGCUUAAAUUUUGAUAUUCUCUUUUCUAUCUCCUUUCAUCUUUCAAACUAAUACGAUGUGUCCGUUUUGUUGUUGAUAACUGUUUUAAUGAUCAUUUAUUAGUAUUAUUUUUGUUUCGAAGAUAUUCAUUAUAAACCUUUGCCAAUUACUGUAACAUUAAUUCAGUUCUUAAGAAAAAAAAAUAAAUAGAAAAAGAUACCUAAAGGAGCGUGCACCUCCUGGGGAAUGUUCUGUGGCUUCCUGCGUUUCAUACGAAGAUUCUCGGAUGCUGUCUUUACAGUGUUGACAACGUACAGAAAGGUUUCUGUCUACCUUUAGAAAUUUAGUCUUUAUGUGUACCAGUAAAUAAUGUCUUCAUUGUUUAAUCAUAACUAGCUCCGAAUGAUAAAGAGUUAUUAAAAUGAAGAAAGCCAAAUAAUUUGCAAUAACCAAGGUUAUAUAUUUUCGUCUUGUUUUCCGUAUUGCAGUAUUGUAGCUAUAGCUGUAACAAUUUAGAUAAUACAUUGUGCUAAUAUAUAUAUAUAUAUAUA